AUGUGUAUACAACUGCAUAAUAUCCAUUAUCCGCUAAAAAUUGUAUAUUAGGUAUAAUAUUUUAUUUUGUAAAUUAAUAAAUUUAGUAACAUUAGUAACUACUAAUUAGUAAUUACCCAAGUGUUUUAGUUUAUAUUAAAAAAAAAAAAAAAAUGUUUAAACAUUUUGGAAGAAGCAAUAUAUUGUGUUUAUGUAAACGUUAUUAUGUUAGAUUAGUAGAAGUGGGUCAGUUAAAUACACCAAAGCCUAUUGAAAAAUAUGAAACUGGUCAGUUGUUUUUUCACCAGAUAUUUGGAUAUAGAGGGGUGAUAUUGUUUCCGUGGUUAGCCAGAGUAUACGACCGUGAUGUUGUCAUCAAAGCAGAAAAUGCGGCAGGAAAAGAUGUUAAAGGAAAGACACACACAUAUUAUCAAACUUUGAUAGAUGAAAGAGAUUGUCCAUUUAUUAGGGCACAAACAGAAGCCGUUACUUUUCUCGGAAAUCAGGAUACCAGUCGUAGCUUGUAUGCGAUACCUGGUCUAGAUUAUGUAGCUCAAGAAGAUAUACUUCCAUACACAGCAACUGAAAAACAACCGUUACAACAUGAACUUUUUGAUAAAUUCCUCAUGUAUAAUCCUAAUAAAGAUCCACCAUUUGGGGCACAGGAGACAUUGAGAUCGUGGCAAAAAAAAAAUCAUCCUUGGCUGGAGUUGUCAGAUGUUCAUAAAGAAACUACAGAAAAUGUUAGGAUCACAGUAAUACCAUUCUACAUGGGUUAUAGAGAAUCACAAACCAAUUCUGUGUACUGGUGGAGAUAUUGUAUACGAUUAGAAAAUUUAGGUGAACAAAGCGUUCAACUUAGAGAAAGACAUUGGAGAAUAUUUAGUUUAUCUGGAACAUUAGAAACUGUACGUGGAAGAGGAGUAGUGGGCCAAGAACCUCUGCUCUCGAAAAAAUCACCAGCAUUUCAAUACAGUAGUCAUGUUAGCUUACAAGCUCCUAGUGGACACAUGUGGGGAACAUUUCGAAUGGAACGUGAAGAUGGACAUUUAUUUGAUUGUCGAAUACCUCCAUUUUCUCUAGAGAGCAAACCAGAUGAUAAGUUUCUAGACCGUUAAAUGUUGGGUGAUCCAUUCUUAAGCCACUGGUGACUAUUUCAUCUUCCCUGUGUGGACAAUCGUCCUGAAGAUCACAUACCUAUUGCUGAACUAUGUGUAAUAGUUAUUCAAACAUUGAAGAAAUAAAUAAAUUGCAUAAAUAUUUGUAAAAACAA